UUUCCUCCUUCCCGCUCGGGCCCUCUCCCCCAGCGCCUCCCCGCGUGGACCCCGCUGCAGUCUUGGGGUUGUUAGCCCAUUCAUGGAAGUUUAGGGCCUGGACGCUGCCCCCGAGGCCGGCCUGAGCGCGCAGCCCGAGCUGCUGGCCGGGAAGAGGAAGAUGUCCGUGCUCAGGCGGAUGAUGCGGGUCUCCAAUCGCUCCCUCCUCGCCUUCAUCUUCUUCUUCUCCCUCUCCUCGUCUUGUCUCUACUUCAUCUAUGUGGCUCCGGGCAUCGCCAACACAUAUCUCUUUAUGGUACAAGCUCGAGGAAUAAUGUUGAAAGAAAAUGUGAAGACAAUAGGACAUAUGAUCAGGCUGUACACAAAUAAAAAUUCUACACUCAAUGGUACAGAUUAUCCUGAAGGCAAUAAUUCAAGUGAUUAUCUUGUUCAAACAACAACAUAUCUUCCGGAAAACUUCACAUACUCACCAUAUCUCCCCUGCCCAGAAAAACUGCCUUACAUGAGAGGAUUUCUUAAUGUCAAUGUAAGUGAAGUCAGUUUUGAUGAAAUUCAUCAACUUUUCUCCAAGGAUUUAGAUAUUGAGCCAGGAGGUCACUGGAGACCUAAAGACUGUAAACCCAGAUGGAAGGUGGCAGUUCUCAUUCCUUUCCGUAAUCGCCAUGAACAUCUUCCAAUUUUUUUCUUGCACCUGAUCCCAAUGCUCCAGAAACAGCGGCUGGAAUUUGCCUUUUAUGUCAUUGAACAGACUGGCACACAACCUUUUAACCGUGCAAUGCUCUUCAAUGUGGGCUUCAAAGAGGCCAUGAAAGACAGCUUCUGGGACUGUGUAAUUUUCCAUGAUGUGGAUCAUCUGCCCGAAAAUGACAGAAACUAUUACGGAUGUGGAGAAAUGCCACGUCAUUUUGCAGCAAAGCUGGAUAAAUACAUGUAUAUUCUUCCAUAUAAAGAGUUUUUUGGUGGUGUAAGUGGACUGACAGUGGAGCAAUUUCAGAAGAUCAAUGGUUUUCCUAAUGCCUUCUGGGGAUGGGGAGGAGAAGAUGAUGACCUUUGGAAUAGAGUUCACUAUGCUGGAUAUAAUGUAACAAGACCUGAGGGAGACUUAGGGAAAUACAAGUCUAUUCCUCAUCAUCAUCGAGGUGAAGUCCAGUUUUUAGGACGAUAUCAAGUAGUAUUGAAGAUCUUUAAGGCAAAAGUCAGGUCUCAAAGAUACCAGGGACUAGAUUUGUAUUUGGGACUAGACUGUGCGAUCUUGACUUUUAUCAACUUAAAUUAUUUGCAUAAUUAAUUGUAAGUAUUAUUGAUUUUUAUACAUAGUAUGAGCUACUGGGAUAUUGUCACUACAUAUCACAAAUAAAGCCAGUCAUUAAAGCAUAAUCAUUUAAUCAUUUAAAUCAUUCAGAGCCGUAAAAUUGAGUUGGUUUGGUCUGCUCCAGGUUCCUACCUAUGGUAUUAAUGUGUCUCUGAUGAAACAUGCCUACUCAAUUUAAUGAUCUCAUAUAUUUUUUUGUGCUGUCUUUAAACAUGUAUUUAAGGUUAUGGAGAUAUUCUGGACCAAAAUUGUUUGAUUUGAGAAGGCUGUUCUUAAGGAGCAUGUACUGUAUUGUUCUUGAUUUAAGUGACUGCAGAAAAGAUAGCAAUAUGUCCCUCAACUCUACUAGAAUUAGAAGAAAAAUACAUAGGUUGAAUAAUGAAACUUGAAUCUUAGCACAUUCCCAUAACAUAUUGGUGGACCUGAAUUCCAUUGCUAAUUUAAUCUUCCCAAUUCCAUCAGUUUAAGUUUGUGCUCUGGAGGAUCUCUGAGAGGUAUCAGACAUUACCUGCCCUCAAGGAGUUUACUGUCUUCUGCGUGUAAAACUGACAUAGUGGAAACAACUGGAAACCUGCCUACCCUCAGAUGAGAUGCUCAGUUGUGUCCUCUGCAGACACGGUUUUACAUUUCGCUAAUGCAAUCUUAGGUCAAUAGAGAGCUUUGUAGGGUCAGCUUUUCUCCAGGCCCAGAGUAUUUCUCAGCUGUAAGUGUUAUACUUCAGAAGGCUGAUUGAGGUAAUCACUCUGCUGCGACAGACCUUGAGGAUUUGCAGUUAAUUUACAGGAGGGCUGUGUGGAAGGUGGUGGUUAUAAGCAAAGACUCUGGAAUCAGACUGAUGUGAGUUUGAAUUCAGGGAUUCCCUAUCAUUAGCUGUGAAAUUUUAGCAAAUUUUUAAACCUCUGUGGUUCUCAGUUUCCUGAUCUCCCAAUUGAGGAUGAUAGGAACUACCCGAGGGUCGUUGAAAUGAUGAAAUAAGCUAAUCCUAAUAAGAGCACUGAGCCCAGUGCCUGACACACUGAGCAAAAACUUAGAUAAAGUCAGUUUUCAGCUUUAGAGUAACAAGCUUUUUUCCAUGCAAAUUGUCCUGGAUCAUAUUUAAAGAAGAUACUGCAUUCUUUAAUUCUACUGGGAAUUGGAGUUGCUGAUUCCACUAUCCCUGAUAAUGUAUGUAAACAAUUAGCAAAACUGGCAAAAGUGCACAAUAAAAUUUGACAGUAACAGUCUUGAGAAGUGUAGCAAAUGGGGCUCAGGUUCUGUUUCCCUGAGGGGUGUGCGGCUUCAGGUGGAUGACGUGGAAAGCAUCUUGUACUCGGCUCCUGGAAGGCCUUCUGUCACCCCUGCCUGCUCUCAGCCUUACGGCCAGAGACGUAAAUGUCCACAUGGGCCUGGGAUCCUGCUUUUUGUCUCCGACCUUGGCUUUGGGGUUUGGCUUUUUUACCUAUACUCUUCUCAGUUUCCUUGGAAGACACUUCUUCCUCUGCCUUCCGUUCUUCCCCUCUUCGAGGACUGCUUUCUAGCCCUGUCCAGUAGAAUAUUCUACGAUGAUGGAAGUGUUCUAAGACUAUCCUAUCCAACAUGGUAGUCACUAGUUAUGUGUGGCUAUUAAGCAUUUGAAAUGUGAAUAGUGCUAGUAAGGAACUGGAUUUUUAAUUUCGUUCACUUUUUAAUAAAUUUAAAUAGCCAUGUACAGCAGGUGAUCUUCUGUACUGCAAAGCUUUAUUUAACUGCGUGGUCUCCCCCAGUGUAUGUAGGAGACUCGCAGGCCGUAUGUCCAGCUCAGAAUUCUUAGUUCCUGAUCCACUUUAUCCACUUAUCUCCACCUCCUUGUCCACAGAAACUUAACACUCAGCAUGUCUUAAGCUGAAUUUAUCGUAUCCCCCCAAACCUAGUCUUUCUCUUCUUUUACCAUCCAUGUAGUAACUCAAGGACCAAUCUGUGAGUCAUCAUCCCUCUUUCUAGUCUGUACUGUCAACAUUAACUCCACCUCUUAAGUCUCUCUCCAAUCCAUCUGGUCUUCUGUCUCCACAGCUACCUGCAUCCUCCCCAGGCUUUUCUUUCUACAAAGGUAUGUUGUCUUCUUUGAAUCUGUCUUCCACAUUCCCACAGAAAUUGUCUUUUGAAAUAUUCCUUUGCUUAAAAUCUUUCAGUGGCUCCCCAUUGCCUACAGGAUAAGGUGCACAUAUUUCUGCUUCUCAUACCAGGUCCUUAAUGAUCUGACUUCUGCUUGCCUCUCCAGGACCACCACCUCACCUCUCAUUCCUAUUGCACCUUAUGCCCUUAUAAUUCUCUGGCUGCCUGUAAACUACUUCCAGUGGCCAGCAUCAUGCCCCUUUGCCUUUGCGCACCAUCCUUUCUACCCUCAUUCACCAGAGGAUCUACUUCAUAUCUCUUAAGACUCAUCAAGCUCCUGUGGAAGCCUUCUCAGGCCAACCCAAGUAAAAUUUGCCACUCACUCCCUUGUACUCCACCCCUACAGUACAUAACCCCUGUUAAAGCAUGUCUUACACUCUCACAUUUAUUUAUUUACACAUUUGCUUUUUCUAAGACUGUUAGCUCUUUGAGAGCAGUGGUCUGCAUCAUUCAUUUUUGUACUCGCAGCAUCUAGCACAGUGCUCAACACAUGAGUGACUUUGUCAGAGGAACUCUAUUUGCCGUCUAAUAGGGCGGAACACUCCACGGCGUUCUCAAUUGCUGUUCCAUUAAUACAUGUGUCAUACCUACUUACUGAACUGUGUUAAGUAGGAUCAGUGCCUUAAUUAUGACCAUUAAGGGCCAUCAUCAAAAUGGGUUUUGACCCACCUACAAAUAUGUCUGAAUAGAGUGCCAGGCUCAUCUUUUUACUCAACAUAUUUUUAAAAUUGAAAAAUAUUUACUAAACUAAAUAAUUAAUAUAGUUUAUACAGGAAUAAACAAUAGUAAAGAAUUCACUGCCAAAAUAUUAAAUUUAAAAAAAAGUCAAGCAUGGAAAGUGAAAGUCACUCCACAAACUAAAUGUUGUCGCAAGACACUAAUGUGACAAUGAAAGAGUUCCAGAGCAGAUGCUGAAAACAGCGUUUUGACUUAUCAAAGAGAAGGUAUUAAUUUACAUCUGAGGUAGUUUUUAAAAUAUAACUAGCUCAUUUCCAAGAAUUAUCCUGACUUUCUUUUAAACAGGCCUCCCUCCCUUUCUUCCCUCGCUUAACCUGCUCUUUUCCUUUCUUCUCUCCACCACCGUUGUUAGAAUCAGAAAAAAUCCUGAUGGCUAUUAAUUUCCCUGGAGUCUUUAUGAAAUGCUGUGAGUGCUUUUGUUCGGGCAGAAGAGGGUCACUAUGGAAACCAGACUCCUUCAUUAUUCUCUUAUCCCUUGACCUCGUCUAAGUGUCAUUUUGCAUAGGAUAAUUAUGCAGUAUUUCAACCUGGCUAGCAACUUCUGGCAGCGUUGUCUCCCAUCUCUCCCACCUCAGUAUUUUUUGGCGUUUAUUAAGCACCUGCUGUGUCUCGAGCACUGUGCUGUGCUGGGAGCAUGAGGAUGAAUAACACAGUUCCUUCCCCCACCUAGGCUAUAGCCAACUAAGGGAGAUGCUUUCCUAGGGCUUCUCAAGGGGCCAACCCCUUUUCCCUCUAAAUAUUUUAUAACCUACUUGGAAACCCAAUAGAAAAAUGGGCAAAAUCUCCAAUAGGCCACAUAAGAAGAGAGCAGUUCACACAGAGUUCCACCCACAGGGGCUGUCGGGGAGGGCAUCUCCUGUUCCUGCAGAGGGGGUGGGGUUGGGGGGAGAACCGGUUCCACCCACCUCUGCUGCCCAUGGGGUUGGGGCCUGCCCUGGCUUUUAUCAGGGUGUCCUGGAGAAUAGCCAACUGUGAUUCACCUGCCUGCUGUCCUGUGCUGUCCUGGGUCUAAGGCUACAGAGAGCAGGCUUUUCUUGGGAGGCGGUUUUUUUUUUUCUUUUGAUCUGCUCCUAUCAGCAUUUCUGGUUCGCAGCUGUCUCUAGCACCCAGGCUGGGAUACUUAGGGCCUGAGAAGAGAACUCUGGGAACUCAGCUGGGGUGUUCCUCGAGUCUGGGUCUCCUUGGGCAGUUCACCUUUACUCACUUCUCAGAGUCUGCUGGUAGGGUGUGUUUGUUGUUGUUGUUUGGUCAUUAGUGGGAGAAGAAAAUGGAAUGUGUUUACCCCAUCUUGUCCAACUCACAUAAAAAUGUGAUCUAAAAAGGAAAAUAAGGAAGUGUUCUGUAUCUGGACUAUGUCAAUGUCAAUAUGGUGGUUGUGAAGUCGCACUAUAACUUUGGAAGGUGUAACUGGGGAGGAGGACUGUGGAAAGGGUACGAGGGAUCUCUCCAUAUUAUUUCUUACAAGUGCAUGUGAGCCUCCAAUUACCUCAAACUAAAAACUUCAAUUAAAAAAGAGGUAAAGGGUCCUACGUGAAAGAUGAUCAGUUCCACUCACAAUAAGAGAGAUGCAGAUUAAAACUAUAUCGAAGUGCCAAUUCUGACCUAUCAGAUUGGCCAAAAUCCAAAAGUUUCACCAACACUAUUGGUGAGGCUGUAGAGAACCAGCUGCUCUCGUACAUAGGAUGCAAAAUGUCACAACCCCUCUGGAAGGGAAUUUAGCAAUAUCCAGCAAAAUUACUAAAGCAUUUACUCUUUGUCCCAGAAAUCUUUUUUUGGGUGUCUAUCCUAAAGACACAUCUGUAUAGAGAUGAAGCAACAUAUGUACUCGUUUAUUCCUGGAGGUGUGUAGCUUAGAGUAGCACAAGAUCGGAAGCACCCGAGCGUCUGUGUAGAGGGCGCUGGUUGAAUCGGCCCUGGUCACCCACACACUGGAGCACUCUGCAGCCACGUAAAACGGGGGCACAAAUUCUGUGUUCUGAUAUGGAUGUGUUUCCAGGCUGACAGUGUCCUGUGGGAAAAAAUAAGGUUCACACACUAUAUUAAAUGCUGCAUUUUGUGAAUGAAAGAAGAGAAAAUAAAAAUGUAUGCAUGUAUUUGUUACUUUGUACAAAAGAGCGACUAGCAGGACAAACCAGAAACUAGUAAAAAUGGUGAUGUGGUGGGGAGGGUGGCAGAGGGGUGGAAGGCACAGGGAUGGCAGUGAGACUGGUUCUUUAUGAUUUUAUAUGGUUAGGAACUGGAACCUUGUCAAUGUUUUUACAUAAUCAAAAAGUGAAAUUUAGAAACAAACCCUAAAAUCAAUCUUAAACAAGCAAAUUUUCAAAAUUAUUUGGACAAAGGAGAACAAAUGUUUAGUGAGUUUGUUCUUCAUUAACUAAUGAUUAACCUUAGCAAGUAUGAAGAAAGUGAUUCCUCUUUGCUCCUUGUUCUUGCUGCAUUAUGUAAAUGUCACUAAUGCCAUAUCUGCAUGUUCUGCUGGGUCUUUUUCCUUCCUAUUUUCACUGUGCAUUUUUCUUUUUUGUACACAAUUUGCUUUGUAUUGUUAAUGUGGGGAAGGUAAUAACUACCCUUUCAUGGACAUAUCAGUGGGUUUGGCAGCCCUGCCCAUGGUCCUUUCCCAGAGAACCUGCUUUAACCACCUCCUCAAAGGAGGAGUUCCCACACCUUGUAGCUUUCCUGGCCACAGCUCGCUGGAGGAGGGGUAGAGCCUGGCCCAGAGAGAAGGCAACGAUGGUCAGGCUAAGCCUGCCAGAUUCUUAGCAAUUUGAAGAAACACAGGGACUGAGGCAGUUAAUUUGGGGGCCAGGGGGCUGAGCCCAAAUUUCCGUCCUUGUGAUUAAGUGAGCAGAGAAGCUGGUUUGCAAAGAGAAUGAAGAGGAUUCAUAUUGGGAAUCAUGCAGCCCGGAGACAGAAAAAUGUGGUUACUUCAGUUCCUGAUGGCUUUCCAGAGCCAGCCCCUGGUGAGGCCCAGAUGUGUCCGUUCCAUUUCUGUUCUGUGAGAUACGUAUGAAUCCUUAAAUAAAUCUUUGUUGUUCAAGUUA